UUCAUCUGCACGCGCCAAAGUCGCAGCUCAUUCGUGCCUCACUUGGCUCUUUCCUUGCAGCAGAUCAAUUUUUCGAUUGCUCGAUUUUUUCUUCGAUUUUUGCUACACAUAUAGUUACACUUUUUUGUCGCUUUGUCGCCAAACUGGUGCGUGGCUGCUGCGCAUGCGUGCGAGCUUUUCGCGAGUGUUGGCCAACUGACCGAACGUAUAUAAGCGAUUAUAGGGCCGGGCUGGCCAACAGUCCAGUCCAGUCGGCCGCGUGGCUCUGCUCUACAUCCCGAAUCGUUCCGAUUCGAUUUGAAUCGAUCCGUUGCGUUGCGUUUCGAGCCGAACUUAGUAGAACUAAAGCGAAUCGGAGAUUAAAACUGGAGCAAUUAACUGUGAUUUUCAGAGGUGCCCAAGGAUAACCCGUUGGAUUUACAAUCGAACCUCCAAGGACCGCAAACUUGUGAAUUCUUUUUGAAAGUGCAAAUGGUGUGUUACUGAAUAAAGAUUCUAUACAGUUCGCGAAUCCUUAAGCCAAUACCAACCAUCGACUGUGCAAAGUUUUAAAAGUGUAAUUAUGAAGCUCCUUUUGGUAGCCCUUCUGGGCCUGCUCAGCGUGGUUCUGGCGGAUCCUUCGCCCACUCUGGCUCCACCAAUACUGCCCUGUGUGCACGCGGCCACCGCUGGCUACUCGUAUCCUCCGCCGGCGGAGGUGAAGUUCUCCAUCUCGCCCGGAGUGACCAAGUACAGCCAGAGCCCGGCGAUUUCCACGUACUCGGAGAACGGACACCUCCUGCACACUUCGGUGGGAAGUUCCGGAGGAUCGUACCAGUCCUCCGCUGGAAUCGAGGGGUUGUCUCAUGGGGGCAUCACCCAGAUCGACAAGUACAUAGCUCCGGUGCAGAAGACUCUGUUCUCUCCUUCGGCCGAGUACGGAGGAGCGGGCAUUACCUAUGCGGAUAAGUCGCCGGCUGCCAAGUACGCAACCGUAGUGCCUUCGGGAAUCGAGAUCAAGAACUUGGUGUCGCCAGCUAUCACCAAGUUGGACAACUCCUAUUUGCCACCUUCGCCGGGACUCACGAAAGUGGCCACGUAUACUUCCCCAGGAUACAGUUACAGUUCGGCCACCCCGGGAAUAUCCAAGGUGGCCACGUACUCCUCCCCAGCCCCGUCGAGCAUUCCCUACUAUGCGCCACCAGUGACGUCCAAGGUGGAGACCUACAGCUCACCUGGAUACACGUACUCCAAGGCCUCACCUGCUUACUCCAAGGUGGAGACCUACAGCUCCCCUGGCUACAGCUACGGUCAGCUCUCGCCCGGAAUCUCUAAGAUUGCCACCUAUUCGCCAUCGAUUUCAUAUUCGGCGCCUGCGAUCGCCAAGGUGUCAACCUACUCCGCCCCUGCUGUGAAAUUGGCCACAUCUUCACUGCUCUCCUCCCACGGAACAGGCUACUCCGCCAGCUAUGCCCCAUCAAUAACCAAGUACAGCCAGGCCGCCGAUGUGUCCCACCAGUACUUCUCCAAGCCCAUAGUGGCCACCUAUCCUGCUGCUCCGGCGAUCACCAAGGUGGCUGCCAGCUACGGAGGCACUGCAUCCGGGGGUCUGUCCCACCAGUAUGUCUCCCAACCCGCAUUGGUCGCAGCUCCGGGCAUCGCCAAGGUGGCUACUUAUGCUGCUCCAACAGUGGCCACCUACUCAUCCGGCCCCGCCAUUACCAAGCUCUCCACGAGCUAUGGAGCUUCAGGAUCGGGAGCAGUUUCCCAUCAGUAUGUUUCCAAGCCGGCGGUGGCAAUUUCCGCAGCUCCUGCAAUCGCUAAAGUGGCCACAUACGCUGCUCCAGCAAUCUCCACCUAUGCCACCGCUCCGGCGCUCUCCAAGGUGGCCACCUAUGCUGCUCCUGCCAUUUCCAGCUACUCCACUGGACCUGUCAUCUCAAAGGUAGCCAGCUACGCAGCUCCCACUCUAUCCACCUAUUCCUCUGGCUCUGGCUAUGGAGCCAGUGGCUCAGGGGCCGUAUCCCACCAGUAUGUCUCCAAGCCGGCAGUGGCCAUUUCAGCUGCUCCUGCCAUUGCCAAGGUGGCAACCUAUGCUGCUCCUGCCAUCUCCACCUACUCCUCUGCUCCAGUGGUGACCAAGGUGGCCACUGGAUACGGAGGAAGUGGGUCGGGAUAUAGCUCGGGUGCCGUUUCCCAUCAGUAUGUCUCCAAACCAGCGGUGGCCAUUUCUGCUGCUCCUGCCAUUUCCAAGGUGGCCACUUAUGCUGCUCCUGCCCUAUCCACAUACUCAUCCGCACCCGCUGUGACAAAGAUCGCGAGCUACGGAGGAUCGGGCCAUGGGGCCGUCUCCCACCAAUAUGUUUCCAAGCCGGCGGUGGCCAUUUCCGCAGGACCAUCAAUCGCCAAAGUGGCAACAUACGCAUCUCCAGCCAUCUCAACCUAUGCCACUGCUCCUGCAAUCUCGAAGGUGGCCUCCUAUGCGGCUCCUGCCAUAGCCACAUACUCCUCCGCUCCGGCUCUCACCAAAGUUUCCUACAGUCAGGCAGCGGAUGUGUCCCACCAGUACAUCUCUAAACCCAUUGUGGCCGCCUAUCCGUCAGCUGCUCCCGCGCUGGCCACCUACUCAUCCGCUCCUGCCAUCACCAAGCUCUCCACAAGCUAUGGAGCUUCUGGAUCGGGAGCCGUUUCCCACCAGUACGUAUCCAAGCCGGCAGUGGCCAUUUCCGCAGCUCCUGCCAUCGCUAAAGUGGCCACAUACGCUGCUCCGGCCAUCUCCACCUAUGCCACCGCUCCAGCGAUCUCCAAAGUGGCCACCUAUGGUGCUCCUGCUAUAUCCACCUACGCUGCAGCUCCUGUGUUGACCAAAGUGGCCACUGGAUAUGGAGGAAGUGGAUCGGGAUAUAGCUCUGGAGCUGUUUCCCAUCAGUACGUUUCCAAGCCAGCAGUGGCCAUUUCAGCAGCACCUGCCAUUGCGAAGGUGGCAACUUAUGCUGCUCCUGGCAUUUCCACCUACUCUUCGGCACCCGGUCUCACCAAGAUUGCCACGAGCUAUGGAGGAUCGGGCCAUGGUGGUGCCGUCUCCCAUCAGUACAUCUCGAAACCGGCGAUCGCAGUGGCCCCAGUGGCUCCUGUUCUUUCCAAGGCUUACUUGCCUGCUGCUCCGGCCAUCGCCUUGCCUGCCAAGGUGGCCACAGGAUACGGAAUCAGUGGCUCAGGAGCCGUCUCCCAUCAGUAUGUGUCCAAGCCAGCGCUGGGAGUUGCCAAAGUGGCCAGCUAUGCUGCUCCUACCAUUUCCAGCUACUCGACUGGACAUGCAGUCUCGAAAGUGGCCUCCUACGCCGCUCCUGCCAUUUCCACAUACUCAACGGCACCCGUGAUUUCGAGUGGCCACGGAUAUGGAGGAAGUGGCUCUGGGUAUAGUUCGGGAGCCGUCUCCCAUCAGUAUGUGUCCAAGCCGGCGGUGGCCAUCUCAGCAGCUCCGGCAAUAGCCAAAGUUGCCACUUACGGUGCUCCAGCUCUAAGCCUCAUUUCCGGGGGACAUGCUAUAAGCUCUGGUCCCUUGUUGUCCUCUAAAGUGGCCACUAGCUACGGUGGAAGUGGAGCGGGAUAUAGCUCGGGCGCAGUUUCCCACCAGUAUGUCUCCAAGCCAGUGGCCAUUUCAGCUGGUCCUGCCAUCGCCAAGGUGGCCACCUAUGCCGCCGCUCCAGCCUUGGGCCACAUCAGCACAGGCCCUUCGAUCCCACUGGGAUUGGGUCUCGGGUACGGGGUCAGUGGACAUGGACACGGCGGAGCGCUGCUCGGUGCUCCUCUGACCAAGUUGACAUCUGCUCCAGCAUAUUCCCUGGGAGGAAAGCUGGCUAGCAGCACCGCCUACGGUAUCCAUGCGGGUGACUUAGGACAUGGAGCAGGUCCCUCUGGCGGCUACUAUGGAGCUAUCUCUUUGGGUCACGCAGCCGUGUCUCCAGCCCUGUCCUACCACGGUCUGCUGUCACAUGGAUCUGGUCUGGCCCCAGCCCCAUCCUCGCUGGCCCAUCUGGACUCCUCCCUGAGCGGAUACUCGCACGGAGUGGGCGGAAUCGGCCCUCUGGGAGCCGGGUUCUAUCGGUAUGCUCCAAGUGUGCCGGCCCUGAGCAGCCACGCCCCCGUGGCAGCCACCGCCUACUUGAAGUCGGCGCCCGUGGCACAGCAUGCCGCUCUAAAGGUGGUGCCUGAGCAGCACCUUGAGCACUUCGACGCCCAUCCUCGCUAUGCUUUCGAGUAUGCUGUGAAUGACCCCCACACGGGUGACAACAAGCACCAGAAGGAGGAGCGCGAUGGAGACGUAGUGAAGGGCGAGUACUCCCUGGUGGAGCCUGAUGGCAAUGUGCGCACGGUGAAGUACUACGCCGACUGGGAAACUGGCUUCCACGCCGAGGUCAUCAACAGUCGCGAUCAGGGCAAAAUUGUGGCCAAGCGUCAGACGGAAGCUAAGUCGUGAGGUCUUCAUAGGUCGCAAAUUGUUUUGUUCGUUCAGCAACUGUAAAUAGCCUCAAAUCCAAUCUUCUUCUCAUUAAACAUUAAACGUAUUUAUGUAAAUCCCACAACGACAACGAUGUCAUCCGGCCCAUCUUGCCAUGAUAUAUCUAAUAUCCAACUAUAUAUCCGCCCUCCACACCGAAAACUCUGGAUCCCCGAUUUUGUGCUCAUGUGAUAAGCGUUUCGUUUUAUUGAACUGCUUGCGCUGCUCUCAUCUCAAAGUGCGCGCCUCUUAUUAUGCCCAACUAUUUGUACAUAAAGGAUUGUAUAUGAUAUUUUGUAAAAUGUGAAUUUCAAAUAAACGACAUUUAAGAACGCCACAGUCGGGGGUGCUCGACAAUGAGAUUGA